AUGAAUAAAUACGAAAUAUUAGGAGUCGUUGGAGAAGGUGCUUAUGGUGUAGUCCUCAAGUGUAGAAAUCGCGAAACAAACGAAAUUUUGGCUAUAAAAAAAUUUAAAGAAACUGAGGAUGAUGAAUUAGUUCGCAAAAAUAUAUAGAGAGAAGUAAAAAUGUUAAAAACUCUUAAGCACAAAAAUAUAGUAGGCCUUGUCGAAGCGUUCAAGCGCAAAGGAAGAAUAUACUUGGUCUUUGAGUAUGUUGAAAAAAAUUUAUUAGAAGUCCUUGAAGAAAAGCCUAGCGGAUUAGAUCCUGAAUUCAUUAGGAGAAUUAUAUAUUAGUUAUUGAAAGCUCUUGAUCACUGUCACAAACAUAAUAUUAUUCACAGAGAUAUUAAACCUGAGAAUUUAUUGGUAAAUAGUGAUGGAACUCUAAAAUUAUGUGACUUUGGUUUUGCUAGGCAUAUGCCACCAAAAUAAAAUGAAAUUUUAACAGAUUAUGUAGCUACAAGAUGGUACAGAUCUCCUGAAUUGCUAUUAAGUGAUCCUGGUUACAGCUUUCCUGUAGAUAAUUGGGCUAUUGCUUGUAUUAUGGGUGAAUUAAUAGAUGGAUAGCCUUUAUUCCCUGGUGAAAAUGAAAUUGACUAGCUAUAUUUGAUUUAAAAAUUAUUAGGACCACUUACACCAGACUAAAAGGAAAUGUUUAUAAAAAAUCCAAGGUAUGUAGGAUUAAAAUUUCCUGAGAUUCCCAAGCCUGAAACAAUCGAAAGGAGGUAUCUAGGAAAAUUAUCUAAAAAAGCUUUAACAUUUAUGAAGGGACUUCUGAAAAUGGAUCCAAGAGAAAGAAUGAAUGUCUAAGAAGCUAUGGCUCACCCAUUAUUUGAUGGCAUAAGAGAAUUAUAUGAUGAUGAUAAUGAUCACAAUAGUUAAUCACAGCACAAUAAAUCCAUAGAGAAAAACCAAGAAAACUAAAAUAUCCGUUCUUAUGGUUCUAAAAAUAAUAUUGAUGAGAAAAAGAAUGAAGAUCAAGAUGAGAGAGAUUCUUAAUUUGAGAAGAAAAGCCAAACCAUCCACCACGAAUAAAAUUAAAAAAACGGAAUAUAUGCUAAGCUCAACAAAGAAAAUAAUAAUUAAUCUUAAAAGAUACUUGGGAAGAACUAUUUUUCUUAAAACAAACUACCACCUCAAUAUUUACAAAACUCUAAGAUGAUGCAGAACACCGUUUAUAAUUACAAUAUUGAUAAAGAUGAUUCAUCCUUUACUGAAGCGAAUGGAAAUUCUAAAAGAAAUAGCAACUAGUUUGAAAACACUAAGAAUAGACUCUUGUAUGACAGCAUGAGCGUUUAAAAACCACCUAAAAUGGGUCCAGCUGGCUCUUCCCUCAAAAAAAAUCAAAUUGAUCCAAAGAGCAGUUAUAACUCAACUAUUGGAAUGAGCACAUUAGGGAUAUCAGGUGGCGCUUUGCCUACUAUUAAUAAUCACAAUAAAAAAUUUGCUACUAAUAAUGAAAAGGGAGGGUCACCUUCAUCUCAUCAUUCAAAGAUGUCAUUUGGUAGUACAUAAAAUUACAAUAAAAUGUAUUUCUAAUCACCAACAAAUUAAAUAAAUGUAAGCACAGGAGCUGCAGGAGCUAAUGGCAUGACGGCAUCAAAACUCCUAAAUGAUAUAAAUAUGCAAAAAAUACAAAACUUGAAUGUCAUUUAUAACACUAAUACAUAUAACUACAAUAAUGUUUAACCUGUGAACUAAGUAGGAAAUGCUUUUAUUAACUAAAAUUCUUAAUCUAAAAAGAGUUUUGGAACUGGAACAAUGUAUAAAAAGAAGAAUUAUUGA